CCAACUGUAGUCUCGCCGCCGCCGCCACGGCUCGAACUCUAAACCCAAGUCCCAACCAACCAACGGGCACGACGACGAGGGUUUUGCCGCCGCCAUGGCGACGCCUCGAGCCCACCUCGCCCGCCUCCUCCUCCACCUCCGCCGCCGAAGCCCCAAGAUCCCACCACCCUUCUCCGCCGCCUCCUCCUCCCCCCACGGCCUCCUCCCGGGACCCUCUCUGUGGCCGGCGCCGUCACCCGGCGGCGCUUGGCGGCGCGCGUUCCACGACGGGCGGCCGCGCGGGCCGCUGUGGCGGAGCAAGAAGCUGAUCGGGAAGGAGGCCCUGUUCGCGAUCCAGGGCUUGAAGCGAUUCAAGGGGGACGAGGAGAAGCUGGCGGAGUUCGUGCGGCGGCACGUCGCGCGGCUGCUCAAGGCCGACAAGCUCGCCGUGCUCGGCGAGCUGGAGCGCCAGGAGGAGGUCGAUCUGGCCGUCAAGACCUUUGCUUUGCAGAUGUUUAGGAUCAUACAAAAGGAGGACUGGUAUAAGCCAGAUAUUUACAUGUACAAGGACUUGAUUGUUGCACUAGCCAAGUGCAAGAAGAUGGAGGAAGCAAUGGUAAUAUGGGGGAACAUGAGAGAUGAAGACCUGUUUCCUGACUCGCAGACUUAUGCUGAAGUCAUAAGAGGAUUCUUGAGAUAUGGUUCGCCAUCAGAUGCGAUGAAUAUUUAUGAGGACAUGAAACAGUCACCUGAUCCGCCGGAAGAAUUGCCUUUCCGGGUACUGUUGAAGGGUCUUCUACCUCACCCACUGCUAAGAAACAGAGUGAAGCAAGAUUUCGAAGAAUUGUUCCCAGAGAGGCAUAUAUAUGAUCCUCCAGAAGAAAUAUUUGGCAUGUGCUGAGGUACAGGUUUUUAUGGAUGCAUUAACCUGCUGAGCUUUCAAAUUCAGAUCAGUCACUUUAUCCACAUAUUAUUUUACAUGUUCCUCAAGAACGUUUGCCAGAAUUUGAUUCCUGCUGCGGGAAACAAAUACUCAGGUCAUGUAAAGAGAUAUGAAUGUGUUUAUGGAUUGUAUGAUCAUGUUGCAUAGAGGCAAUAAAUUGGCUGGACUGAAACAAAAGGAUCAUUCUGAUUUCUAAUGGACAGAUGAGUUACCCAUAUGGUUACAGAAAUUCUAUUAUUUGUGCAAUCUCUGUAUUAGUCCAUAUCGUUACACAAAUUCUAUUGUUAAGGCAAUCUCUGUAUUAGUCCAUAUCGUUACACAAAUUCUAUUGUUAAGGCAAUCUUGUAAAAGAUCAGGCCAUUUAUUCGCCUGAACCACCGCAACUUUGUGUCUGUAAUGACUAAUGCGUGAUCUUCUGAGAAGUAACAGAAA